AUGAAAUUCCGCUCCAGGACGCCGUGUCAGAAGCCUCCUACAAAGUCUUUGCUCGUGUCCGUCCCUAAGCCCCCAGGUCAGCUCUUCUGCGUGGUCAAACCCCUGUCCACAACGACUUCUUCUUCAGUAGUUUACCUCUGUCUACCUCGCGCGCUUCCCCCUCCAUUCGAGCCGUCGAGAGAAAUCGACUAUGACCUUCAGGAUCGGAUGGCAGACUUCCACGACGCCUUUCAGACAGUGCGUGGAAAUAUGCGCCUUCGUCAACAAUUGUCGCUUCUCUCGUACAAGAACUCUAGCGAUGUCCUUUACGAGAACAUGCAGCAUAACGGCACGUCUUUGCUCCAGGACAAGCAUCUGAAGAUGUUACCACGGCUGGUGGUGGUCAAGAUGAGCAGAGACACGGAUCUCCUUCGUAAGGAGGUCUUGCAUAUUGAGGCGCAGCAUAAGAAAGGUGGACGUGCCACCCUACAUGUCGGUUCGCAUGUUUUGCGUGCUCAGUUUACUGCCUCGACAGCAACGUCGUUUGUUUGUCUCCGCCCUGUUUUCGGUCCCACCUUAGCGCAGGUUGGUGAAGCCAGCAACAAAGACCAGGGCCGUAUGCCAGGUUGGUUUGUGGGACAUAUUUGCGUUGCUUUGGUAGAUGCUGUGGACUUUCUACAUGAUGAGGGUAUAGUGCAUGCCAAGAUUGAAGCAUCGAACAUAAUGUUCAAUCUCUACCCUACGUACAUGCACCAUCGGUACCGGGGAUAUCCAGAUGUACAGCUUAUCGACUUCUCUUUAGCUGGCCACAGCGAUGAGGGCGCCGAAGAACGAGACCACCGCGCCGUGCUCGAGUUGAUGGAACAUGUGAUUACCGAGUGGAGCGAUGUGGCACCGUUCGUGCCGUUCAUUAACAGCUUUACUGGGCUGAGUGGAGAAGGUGACGACCCUCUACUCACUCAAUUAGCACUUAUCCGGACGAUGCUUUCGGGAGCUUACGAUGGGUAUACUAAUCUUGCGGAACUUCAAGCGCGAGCCGUAGAUAUUCGACAUGAAGGUCCAGAAACCAUGCCGUGGAACCUGAUGAAGUUGCUGCACGCAGACCUAGUGACAGCCGACAAUCUCGAUGGUGGUGUCCGAGAUCCGCUAGUGCUUAGAUUAACGGCCAAGAAAGAUGCGAUGGCGAAGGUCUUGGAAGAUAUCCCUGUGACUAUGGGUGGAAGGGGUAAUGCGGGUAUGAAAACCUCGCGGAUCAUAGUGUUGCGGUUUGUUAGAAGGAAAAUGGAAUUCAUAGAUGCAAUCGGACAGUCUGUAGCAGAGGAGUCGAUAGACGAUGGAGCCAGGUUCUUUGGCAACAGGGAUGCGAGUAUGGCAGACGACGAGAUGAGUACCGCGGAGCCACGGGUGAUGGUACCUAUCUCGUUGCUUGAUGAUAGCGAUGAAGAGAUGAGUUAG